AUGCAACACUCCCACAUGCACGCCUUCUUUCCCCUCACCAACUUCUCAAGACCUCCACUCCACUCCACACUCACGUGAUUUUGGUGGCUCUUGCUCCUGGUUACUCGUAGUUGGUAUCUCCUGUGGCACGUGCUGCUCUGCUCUGGUCUCCCCUUCUCCUGUCAUCGACUGACUGAUUGUGUCCCCUGUUAGACUCAAGGUCUCUUACGCUUGUACGCUUGUGCGCCUCCUCCGACAGCUGCCGCGACGCACGUCGUUCACAUGAUUUGUCCGGCUUAGGCGAGAUCAAGCGUCAUCGCCCUAGAAAGCGACUUACAAAAGCGUGACGCGGAAAAUUGAUUUAAAAAUCAAGCUUAUUCCGGGUUACGAGAGGGUUAAGAUCGGGCUAUUUGGCUUGGUAUGGGUCUAAACGAGAAGUCGGCCGUGACCAAGGAGCAGAAUGAUCGCCACAAGAAGAUUCUGGACGGCCUGUUGAAGCUCCAGGAGAACAGGGAGUGCGCCGAUUGUCACUGCAAGGCUCCGCGGUGGGCGAGUGUGAACCUGGGCAUAUUCAUGUGCAUCCAGUGCUCCGGCAUCCACCGCAGCCUCGGAGUGCACAUCUCCAAGGUCCGCUCUGCCACUCUUGACACAUGGCUGCCGGAUCAAGUCGCAUUCAUGCAAGCCAUGGGCAACGCCAAGGCCAACGCGUACUGGGAGGCGCGCCUGCCGCCCUCCUUCCGCCGCCCCUCUGAGAACGACAAGAUCGCCCUGGAGAGCUUCAUCCGCGCCAAGUACGAGCAGAGACGGUGGGUGGGGUCUGAACCCCCGCGAAUCACCAACGGAUCCAGCAAUGCUGCUGCAUGGAGGGAGAGAGAGGAUCAGAGCAUGAAGGAGCGGAGACACGUGCAGGCGGGGCAAGGGCAGCACCAGCACCAUCACGAGCAGCAGCAGCAGCAGCAGCAGCAGCAGCAGCAGCAGCAUCAUCGCCACCACCACCACCACCACCAUCAUCACCACCACAGGGCAGAGCGUGCAGAUUCAGCAACAGCAAGGCGUGAGGAGGGUCGACUCAAUGGUGGUGUUCAGCCAGCGGCCAAGCCCAUGCCGAGUGCUGCUGCCGCUGCUGCUGGUGCUGCUGCUGCUGCUGCGAGCGUCCCGUCAUCAGCAGCCUCCGCCCCUAGAGCCCCCGCUGCUGCUACUCCCUCCCCCGCUCCAUCCCUGGCUCCUUCCCCUGCUCAGCCCUCUGCCCCACGCCAACCAGCCGAUCUGUUUGACCUCCUCUCUCUCAACGACCCGUCUCCUGCUGUGGCCCCUGCCGCUGCUGCUGCUGCUGCUGCGGCGUCGCAGGGUGUGGCUCCUCUUACCAGCACCACCACCAUCACAACAGAGUGGACUGCCUUUUCAGACACAACCCCAUCGACCACAGCAGCCCCUGCAGCACAUCUCGCAGUAGGCACUGGCGCUUGGCCUUUCACCACCCCUGCCCCUACUACAUCUACCACUCCUGCUGCUGCUAUCUCCUCCCGUUCCCCUGGUGCCACCACGCCAGCCAUGCCUGUCGCUGGGGGCAAUGCCAACUCCAACAUCCUCAGCUUGUUUGAGACGCCCAUGGCAAGCCCUUAUGCUCAGCAGCAGCAGCAGCAGCAGCAGCAGAUGAUGAUGAUGAUGCAGCAGCAGCAGUACAUGGCAGCAGUAGCAGGAGGAGGCGGAGGGGGAUGGGGACCAGCAGCUAGUGCUGGGGGCAGUGGCAUGUGGCAGAUGCAGCAGCAGCAGGCCCAGUACAACAUGCACAUGCCAACGGGACCACAUACCACUGCACCAAUUGCCCAGCCGCAGUACUCUGGCGCGUACAUGCUCUCUUCGUCGCUCUUCAACCCCCUCUCCCCUGCUGCCGCUCCUGGAGCGUCCAGUGCUUUCGGCGGCGGUGGUUACUCCUCCCAGCCCAUGGCAGCACCAGGCAUGCCAUAUGUCAGUCCGGGAUUCGUCAAUGUGCCUGUGUCUCCCGUUGCUGCUGCUGCUGCUGCACCCACCUAUGACUUCUCCUAUCUCACAGCGGCAGCCGCUGCUGCUCAUGGCGUCUAGGGAGAGGAGAGCAGACUUUACCCGGAAGAUGGAUGCGACAAGGGGAGAGGGGAGGGUGGGGGGGAGGUGUACUCUUGGGGGGGGGACUCCUCAGCAGAGGUGGUGCUGUAGCUUGCAACCUGCUGGCUCAUCCUGGUGCGCUGCUGGUUUUUCGGGGCUAUGACAGAGGUUUACCCUCUGUGUGCAGGGGGGCUGGAGGGAAAGAGGGCCGAUGGGAAGGUUUAGACAGGUUGAUCAGUCAGGCAGCCAUGUGACCGUGUUAGUUCAGCUCAGUUGAGAGGCUCUUGAGGGCUGUCGGGUUGAGGGCUGUGGGGUUGAUGGCCGUGUCUGUGGGGUUUGAUUGAAGGGUUGAGUUAAACAGUACGGUGGUAAUUCUGAGAAGGCUGUUUGUGAGGCGGGCUUUGCUUGCUGUGUAACAGCUUUGGAACGCUCAAGUCAGACUAGUGGUAGUGUGUUGUGUUGACUGGGCCUUAGCUGAAUGCUGAGGGCUGGUUUUAUCCCCUAGGAUUGUCACUUGUGUAUGUAGUUCAGCUCUGAGUACUGCUGUGCUCAACUUCCUGGUUUUGCUUGCAGCCUGCUUUCAAGUGCGCUCCUACACUUAUCAGACAUGUGAAACUGUUC